AUGACAGCCUUUACCUCCCACGUUGUCAAAGUCCACGAUCUUUGUUCACCUUUGCUGAUGCCGACGACGAGAUCCAAAUACACGGUUUCUUCGGGUUUAACAUCAGCCGCGUGGUCUCAGCCUCAUGGGGGGAGGUUGAGAUUAGAGCAACCAUGGCCAAAUAGGCAGCUAGAGAAGGUGGUCGAGUGUGCCAAAGGGGGUUCAGCUUCAGCUUCGGCGUCGGAAUGGGGAGAUGAAAUCGUAACAGAAGAAGAAUUGAUGGGUCUGGGGAAGUUGGGAGGCAAGUGCGAAGAGACCAGAGGAAUUGCAGAGUUGUUGGAGUGCUUGGAAAGAGAAGCAAUCAUGGGGGAGGAUGAAGGUAAAGAGCCCACUGAUUACAAUCGAAGGGCUCAGAUUUUUCACAAGAGUUCUAGGGUUUUCCAGUCGCUUAAAGAAAGCAGCACCCCUCUUCCCUAG